CUACUAUAAAUAAACUGUAAAACCACUCCAAGCUUCACAAUUUAAUAACAAACCCAAAAAAAAAGAAUACAGUAGCUUCACAAAAUUGUCACGCUUCUUCUUCAUCUUCUUUAUCCUUUCAACAAUUCCAAGAAGAUUAAAAAAAAACAAUGAGGCAAUUUCCAAACAUAAGAGGAAACAUAGAUGCGAAGAUGUCGACAAUGGUGGCGUCUCAAACACGUCCUCCGUGGCGUACACCAGUUCCUUACCUAUUCGGUGGUUUAGCCGCCAUGCUUGGACUCAUCGCUUUUGCUCUCUUGUUGCUCGCUUGCUCUUACUGGAAGUUCACUCGCCAAACGGACGACGGGGAGAAACAGACCGAGUCCGGUGAGAAAGUGGUGGCUAAGGUUUUCGAAGAGAAGAUUCUUGUGAUCAUGGCUGGACAGAACAACCCUACUUUCUUGGCUACUCCGGUCACCGCCAAGAUUUGCGUGGACUGUGUUAAUGCGAUGAAGAAAGAAGGGCGAAAUGGGGAAUAUACAGUAACAGAAGAAGACCACUGAGCUCUGUUCUCAAGAGUGUGUUUCUUUUUUCUUUUUGGUUUUUAUUUUUCUUUUCGUCCUCUGUUUUUUUUUUUUGUCGGUUCUUUUUGUUUGUUUGGGGAAUUUAGUAUUUUCCUCUGUUUUUAUCGACCUUGAAAUUGUAAAUCUUUACUAGACUAGUAAAGGGGUUUGUUUCUCUGUAUUUUUGUUGGUAUAUGAAAGUAUUUUGCUGUAAGGUUAAUUCAAGUUAUCAUCAGGUCUGGUUUAGUCAUUAACAUUUUCAACUUA